CAUUUUUUUACUUUAAAACCCCCCAACCCAUUUUGUAUUAAAAAAUCAAAUUGUUUGUGUUUCAAAGAGGUUGAAACAAGAUCUUCUGAUUUCCCCCCCGUCCCCCCCCCCCCCCAAAAAAAAAUUGUUUAAAGGCCCUUUCAGCCAAAUCCAUUUAGCACAAUCUACAGGAAUUCAUGAAAGGUUGACCAAAUUUUUUCAUUUUUUUUUGCAACAGAAAAUGACUGAGAAACUUCACUUGGCUGUAUUUGGCACUGUUCUUCUGGACAUGACAGAGCAUGUGAAGAAGAACCCUCACUGACUUUGGGUCUAUACUGAAAAUUGAGAUUUUAACGAACAGAGAAGGAGUGCAGGAUGGGUAAGUAUUUCCAGAUGUACCACCGUGGUCCCAGUUCAUAACACUGACACCAGCUUCAAGCCAGAAUGCUAAAGGUUUAGGUGCUACCCCAGGAAUGGGAUGAUAUACUAAAGCUGACCCUUCUAUGCUGUUCCAGUAGGUUACAUUACAAGUCUCCUCUUUUGGAAUAAGACCUAAAACCUUUCCACCAGCUUUGGUGGAUAUCCAAGUGGAAGUAACGAAUAGGUGCCGCUGCAAAUAAGUACAGAUGUUAUUGGCAACAACCCCCCUAAAGCCCAGCUGAGUUUCAGGCCAGAGUGUAGAAUGGAGAUAAUCAAAAAAAUUUCCUUAAACAGCUGCUUUCCUUGUCUGGAAUCGCCCUGGCUGGCUCCAGAAAUUGGAAACCAAGCAAGCAAAUAAAUAAAUAAUCCUGAAGUAGUGUGGACUGACAACCAGAUAAGCAGGGCAGACUGGACUUGGUCCAAAAGCUUCUAACAGCAAAGGUUGCUUCUUGACCCUCCUCAUUUAACAGAUUGUGUUGAAGCUUAUUUCAAGAACAAAGAAGAUUUUAGACUGAUGUUGCACAAUGAAAUAAUGUUUUGGCAUCUAGGAGGAAAAUCUUGUACUUUUCAUUGUGGAGCAAAAAAUGAAGACCAAUAUGCUUCACAUUUGCUCAAGGUUCCUGCAGUCCAGACAAGCUAGUUGUUUUAAAUGCAUGAGAAGCAAUUGAUAAACUGAACUGAUUAUUCUUCCUAGUCUUGUUUUGUUUGUUUGUUUCCAGGAGAUGUCACUGUUAUGCAGCUACGCAUGCACUUUCUGUCUGAUAAAGGCUAAUGACGAUAUAAAGAGAUUUGUUAGUGUUAGAUUCUCCAUAUUAGUAGCAAAACUCUGGCCCUUCUUCACAGCCUUACUGGAAGAAGUUUGGUGAGGUAAGCUUUAACAGGGAAUUGCUUUUAAAAAACAUUGAAUAGCAAUUGUUUGCUCAUGCUAAAGUAUAGUGUUGUCUAGUGGAAUGGAGCAGAAUGACUGUCAAGGCUCUUUUACUAACCUUUUAUGUGGCCUUGGGCAAAUUCUGUUAAUUCCUCUGUGCCUCAGUUUCCCUAUCUUUGGCAGUAGUAUUAAAAUACCUUCCUUUCUUUCAGGCUUCAUUAGUGUUUCUAACACUUUGAGAUUCCCUGAAAAGUGCUAUAAACAUGCAAAUUAUUAUGGCUGCAUUACCUAAAGCCAUCACACAUUGGAUGAAAUCCCAAAUUGUGCAUAGAUUUCAGCAAUCUAAAAAUAAACUCAACACUGAAAAUAGAUUUCCUCUUUCUCUGUUGUGCUCCUCAAAGUGAGACAAAUGUGGCUUGAUUUCCUCUCAUCAGGUGCCCUUCUUAGAAGAUUCAAGGAAAACUUCAAUAGCAACCAUCUUUUACAUGGGUCCUGCCAAAAACUAAGUUAACAUCACUGGGGGCAGUGUGGGAGGCCUGCUCUAUUGGAGCAAGAAACCAACCCCUCCUAUGUGAACUGUGGGUCUGUAAUGUGGGUACUUCACCAAUUUAUGGCCGAUAAAAGUUAGUGACAAGAUAAAGGGAUUUGUUAAUGUGUUAGAUUCCCUGUAUUAUCAGCAAAACUUUGGGAUGACUUUGCCUUACUGGGAGAAUGGGGGUUAGGCAAGGUUUAACAGGGAAUAGCAUAAACAAAAUCAUGAGCACGAACUUCUUGCUGCCUUACAAUGGCAUUAAAUCUGUUUGCACUUAAUUCCUCCUGUGCCUGGUUUAUCUCUGUCCUUCAAACUUGAUUUGGUAGAAUGCUCUGUUUUCAGAGUUGUUAGCCAGCAUUAAACCAUAGCUUUUUCUUUGCCCUCUCUCCCCUCCCCCCUUUUCCUUCCGCCUCCAGCAUUAGGUCUGGUCUACACUUUGAAAUUAGGGCAGUAUAACUAUAUUGCUUAGGGAUAUGAAAAAUCCAUACCCCUGACACGCAGUUAAACCAGCCAAACCCCUGGUGUAGACAGCACUAGGCCUGUGGGAAAAUUCUCCUAUUGACCUAGCUGCCACCUCUUGGGGAAACUCUCCUGUCGCUGUAGGUAGCAUCUUUACUGAAGCGCUACAGUGUUUUAAGUGUAGGCAUGUCCUUAGCAACUGUCUUCUCACAUUGCUUUUGGUAAAUUGUUGAAAGAUUUCUUCAAACACUGUGAAAUAAUAUAUCAUUACUGUUAGUAGUUCUAGUUUGAAAGGCUAUGGGAAAGGUGGUAAUACUACGGGAUCUGAUAUUUAUACCAUUAUACACUUCUUAGCUGGAGCAAUAGGCCCACUCGCCAUUGAAUCAAGUCUGUGGCAAAAAAAUACAUGGGCACUGAUUAGCAGUUCUUAAUCAAGGGGGACUGGAUUAUCUUUUGUCACUUUAAACUUCAGGCCUGUAUCUCCAGUCAUUCAUGAUUUUAAAGGACUCUCCCGUCCACAACAGACAUGCUUUAGAGGCAGAAGGGCUAUCUUCAGAUUCCAUGUAAAGAUGUGUGUGUAAUUUCUGGGGGAGGAGCGGGUUUCACUUUCUAAUCUGGAGGUUGUUUCAGCUGUUGGGACCCCACUGUGACAUCAGGCCUGAGCAUGCAAUGAUGUCAUCAGCAUUCAGCUAUGAGCAAUCUUGAGGCACUUCUGAAUCCCACAGAGAAGGAGAAUUUUUCUCUCGUUCCCCUCAACACCAAAUGAACCAGUUAGGAAGUCGCUGCUUCAGUGUGACUGAGGAGGCCUCAUUGCCUGAGAUCCAAGCGCCGCUUAUCCUUUCCCUAAUAACACCUGAAGAUGGGACCUUUUUUCUUUCUGCUCUAAGGAACAAAAAGCCAACAGAGCCUGUGACAACUCAGCCAACUCGUGGGGUUGGCAUGUCCACCGUCGCAACAGUCGUACGGACCGGAGGAGAUUGGACCACUGGCCUCUUUGGUAUCUGCAGUGACAAGAGUGUUUGUGUCUGUGGAGCCUUGUGUAGCCCAUGUCUAGAAUGCAGCCUUGCAAGGCACUAUGGGGAGUGCCUCUGUUUCCCACUGCUGCCAGGUUCCACCUUAGCGAUGAGAGUCGGCGCCAGAGAGAAAUACAAGAUACGAGGAACCCUGUGUGAAGACUGGAUGGCAGUUCAUUGUUGCUGGCCUUUUGCUGUUUGCCAAGUGGCCCGAGAGCUGAAAAGGAGGGCUACGACCCAGAUCUAUGAAAUAAACACUGCUCCUACAGCUAAAGACACCCUAGUUUAAAAAUUCCCAGCCAGAAAGCUUGACUCACGAUACUUCCCCUCCUGCCAAUGUAAAAUACCUUAUUUUUAGAAAUAAAAUGCAUUUGUGUCUUACAGCAAAGGCUUUCUAAUACUCCUGCAAGGCUGUAUAUGUUAAACUGUGAUAUAACACCUAAUCGCCUCAGCUGCAAAUUUCCACAGUGCAACCAUAUUAUGUGGUUCAAUGAUCUAAGGCCUGUUCUGAAGUACGGCACUGUUGACCUCUCUCUCUGGGUACAGGGAUCUGGAAUUUUGAUGCAAAGUAUUUUGCAUGCAAUUCCUUAGCA